AUGAGCUCGUCCCUUCCAAGGAAAACUACUACACCUUCUUCUCGUGUUGUUUCUCUCGAUGUCUUUCGAGGCCUCUGCGUUUUUCUUAUGAUGCUUGUGGAUUACGCUGGUUCUGUUUUUCCCAGCAUUGCGCACUCUCCAUGGAAUGGUGUCCGCUUGGCAGACUUUGUAAUGCCUUUCUUCCUCUUUGUUGUUGGAGUUUUCCUGGCAAUUGUAAAUACGAUAGUUUUAGACAGAACUGGGGCAACCUUGAAAGUUGUGAUUAAGACCUUGAAACUUUUUAUCCUUGGCAUUUUCCUUCAAGGGGGUUACUUGCAUGGAAUAACUGGUUUAACCUAUGGUGUAGAUAUUGAAAGAAUAAGAUGGAUGGGAAUUUUGCUGCUAACUCUGAUAUUAUUUGUUUUGCUUUUUUGCUACCGUGGUAUGAGAUGACUAGAUUAGCUACAAGAUUAGUGUCGUUUCAUACUAGCAUUGCCAGUUGAGAUGAGUGUCGUCGCAUUGCCUCCAACGACUUCUUUUGCUUUGUAGCUAUGUUUCUUAU